CCAACUGGUCAUUGCCAUUAAUAGAGACCUGAAGCACCGCCUGCUAAAAAUACCCGGCUGGAGACCCAUAAAAGCGCAGCCGGGGCCCCAGCCCAGCACUUCUCGGACUUCAGCCCGACGCGCAUUGAACCGCCCAGCGCAGCCAGCAGCCAGCAUGACCGAGCGCCGCGUGCCCUUCACGCUCCUGCGGACCCCCAGCUGGGACCCUUUCCACGACUGGUACCCGAACCACAGCCGCCUCUUCGACCAGGCUUUCGGGCUGCCCCGGCUGCCGGAGGAGUGGACGCAGUGGUUCAGCUCCAGCGCCUGGCCGGGCUACGUGCGCCCGCUGCCCGCCGCCGAGGGCCCCGGGGCCGUGGCCGCGGCCGCGCCCGCCUACAGCCGCGCGCUCAGCCGGCAGCUCAGCAGGGGCGUCUCGGAGAUCCGGCACACGGCCGACCGCUGGCGCGUGUCCCUGGACGUCAACCACUUCGCCCCGGAGGAGCUGACGGUCAAGACCAAGGACGGCGUGGUGGAGAUCACCGGAAAGCACGAAGAGAGGCAGGACGAGCACGGCUACGUCUCCCGCUGCUUCACUCGGAAAUACACGCUGCCACCCGGUGUGGACCCCACUCUGGUCUCCUCCUCUCUGUCCCCUGAGGGCACACUCACCGUGGAGGCCCCCAUGCCCAAGCCAGCCACACAGUCAGCGGAGAUCACCAUCCCCGUCACCUUCGAGUCACGUGCCCAGCUGGGGAGUUCAGAAGCUGGGAAAUCUGAGUAGACUGGAGCCAAGUAGAACCCAUUACCCUGCUGUCCACCCCGAAUAACGACUGGCCGACCCCUUCACCCACCCGUGUGCUCUUUUGAUACAUGUACCUUCUCUUUUUCUCAAAUAAAAUUCUAAGUAACUGCUGGA